AUGGCACCUGGUCUGAAAGAAACUGAAUUAGGGGACGUUGGAUAUAUAGUGAUUGGGGUGGGGUUGUCAUGUGGUUGUUACUCUGUGAAUAUCGUUGAGGAAAUGCAGAUUGCUGUCGUUGUAUUCUCUGAAAACUAUGCCCAUUCUUCUUGGUGCUUGCAAGAACUUGAACAUAUCAUGAAAUGCAAGGUUGAGAGAGACCAAAUUGUUAUYCCCAUAUUUUAUCACGUUGAUCCCUCGGAAAUCCGAAAUCAAAAAGGGAAAUAUGGAGAAGCAUUUGCCAAACACAAGUCUGAGAGGAGAAACGUUGAAUCCUGGAGAAAGGCACUUGCGGAUGCAGGGAACCUAUCUGGACAUGUUGCCAAUGGGCCCGAGACAAUAUUCAUCGAAAAUAUUGUUACAGAAAUUUCAAAAAGAUUGUCUAUGGCAAUUCCAAGUGACAAUCAAGACCAGAUUGGAAUGGAGGAUCGCUUGCAAGAUUUUAAAUCAAAAUUAGCAAUCGAUUCACAAGGUGUGCUGAUGGUUGGAAUAUGGGGGMUUGGUGGUGGUGGUAAGACUACUCUUGCACGUGCUGUUUAUGAUCAAAUCUCCAGCAAGUUCGAUGGUUUYUGCUUUAUGAGUAACGUUCGGGAAGAAUCAWGCAGGCAUGGUUUGAAAGGAUUGCAAGUAGAAAUUCUCUCAUGUGUUUUGAAACAAAAAAAAGAGGAAGUAAUUGGAGAUGUAAGAAGGUUGAUAGAGAGUAAGCUUCGUCGUAAAAAGGUCUUACUGGUUCUUGAUGAUGUCGAUGAUGCUAACCAUCUAGAGGCACUAGCUGGAUCACGUGAUUGGUUUAAUGAAGGAAGCAGAAUUAUAAUCACAACUAGAGAUCGACAUUUACUGAAUACUCACGGAGUAAAUGUGAUAUACGAUAUUAGCUUGUUAAGUCAUGACGAGGCUAUGAAGCUCUUUAGCAAGCGUGCACUUGGGCAUGGUAACCGUGUAGAAGAUUAUGAUAGUCUUUCGAAAGAGGUUGUUUCUUAUGCUCGUGGGCUCCCGUUAGCACUUAAGGUUUUGGGUUCACUUCUUUGUGAUAAAGACAAGAGUGAGUGGUUGAGCGCCUUGGCCAGACUAAAAGAUAUCCCUGAAGAUGACAUAUUGGAAACGCUAAAAAUUAGCUAUGAUGGACUUAAAGUAAAGGAGAAAGAGCUGUUCCUAGAUAUUGCAUGUUUUUUUAGAGGAAAAAGGUACUUUUUUGAGCAAUGGGUGAUACUCGAAGCUUGUGGUUUUCACCCUAAAAUAGGGGUAAGGGUGCUGAUACAAAAGGCUCUCAUAACUGUGACAAAAGAAGGAUGGUUUGAUAUGCAUGAUCUGAUACAAGAAAUGGGACACUACAUCGUUCGAGGAAAAAACCCCCGAAAUCCAGAAAAACACAGCAGGGUUUGGAAGUGGGAGGAUGUUUUAACAAUAUGUGCUACGCCGACAAAAAAUGACAGGAUUGAAGCAAUAAGAACUGAGUUUAUGUUGAAGCAAACUGAGUUUAUGGGGAAGCAAAGGGAGGAAGUGAAGGUGGCUUUUCGUAAUCUUCCUUGUGCUGUUGCAAAGAUGAAGAAACUUCGGUGGUUUUCUUGCGAUGGGUAUCCAGCAACUUCAUUGUCAGGAAAUUUUCAAUCAACGAACCUUUUUUAUCUACAGUUGCGUUCGAGCUCUCUAAAGCAAAUUUGGGAGGGUUAUAAGCAUCUGCCAAAUUUGAAAGUGCUCAACCUCAGUCAUUCCGUAAAACUUAUCAGGACACCAGAUUUUUACGGACUUCCAUGUCUUGAAAGAUUACUACUCACCUAUUGUGACCAGUUAACAGAUGUUCAUCCAUCAAUUGGAUAUCAUGAAAGGCUUAUUUACGUGAAUAUGAGUUUUUGUACCCACAUUAAAAAGUUUCCACCCAUCAGAGGGAUGAAAAAGUUGGAGACUCUUAUUCUUUCUAGGUGCCCUCAACUUUGCAUGUUCCCGGAGAUCCAAAUGAACAUGGAUAACAUGAUAAAGCUUUCUUUGACAGAAACUGGAAUAAAAGUUGUACCCUCGUCAUUUGGAAAGUAUUGUACCAACCUUCUUUCUCUUGAUUUGGGACGUUGCAGAAGUCUAGAGAGUAUUGAAGGCAACUUCCAUCACUUAAAACAUUUGAAAAAGUUUUCUAUCGCUAGAUGUGAAGAGCUUAAGAUACCAGCAGAGGGCUUCUUUGAUGUAACUUGUUGUUUAGAGGUGCUUGAUUUAAGUGAUACAUCCUUCAUGAAUCUUCACCCAGGCAUCGUAAGCAUGAAGUUUCUUGGUUUUCCACCUUCCUUAAGAAGGUUGCAUCUUGUCUCAUGCGAUUGGAUAAAUGGAGACAUCUCAUCUGUUGUUUGCGAGUAUUCCAACCUACAAGUAUUAAAUCUACAACAUAAUGAUUUUUCACGAUUGCGUUGCAGCCUCUUGCAACUCUAUAGUCUGAAGGUCCUCAACCUUUCAUAUUGCUAUGACCUUGUAGAAUUACCAGAUCUCCCAUCAAGCAUAGCUGUUCUCGAAGCAUAUGGGUGCAAAAAGCUUAAACUUGUAGAUCUUCCAACAGAUCUUAAAUGGUUGUGGAGAAUCUCACUUCCAAUGAAAUGUAUAUUGGGUGAUAUGGAGAGAAAAGUACAAUCCAUGCUUCAGGGAAAUUCCAUUUAUGAUAACUCCAUCAGUCUCUCUUUCCAUGGUGAUAACAUUCGAUUAGAAGACUUUGCAAGGAGAAGAUUGAUGUUAGAGCUUCCAAGGAACUGGUACAACGAAUUCAGUGGAUUCUUAAUAUGCUUUAUAGUUAAAUGGAUGCUUGGUGACAUACAUAAUGUAAUUACUAUCGAGGACGUAAUGGGUAGGGAAAAUGAAGAUGUUUUGGAGGUGUCUGAUGGAACUCCCAAGCUGAUAUGGGGUGAGGCAUACAGGUGCUAUAUAUAUAUAUCCUUCGGUUCAUUGAGGCAUACCUCAUGGUGGAAGUCAACACACACUACCAUUUCAUUUUCCAUACAAAGAGGUACUUACGAAAAAGUCGAACUUGUUCCUAGAAGUAAAGGUGAUCCAAUAGAAAGAGUCAAACAUACAACAAAUUUCUCAGAGUUUUGGGAAGCAUCACCUAUUGAGAUCACACAUGAUUCAAAAUCUUGUAUCGAGAUUAACUGGCGGCAUCCUACUGUGGAUUACCGGCCCGACAACAGGUUUUAUCUUCCUUCUUGAAAACCCCUCUAGGCGCGAACUGAUUCGCCAUUGAAGGCUUAUCCAUAGCGAACUUUGUUCAUCGAUUGAAGGCUAAAUUUAUGUUGACGCGAACUGUGAUUCUCGAUAACUGAUUCGCCAUUGAAGGUUUACCCAUAGCGAACUUUGCUCACCGAUUGGAUGCUAAAUUUUUGUUGAUAAUGAUGUGAGAUUGAUGGAUGUUGAAACCUCAUCCUUUAUGCCCUCAAGUCAACCCAUGGUCUCAAAAAGGAUUUUACGUCCAAUGAUUCUUAAGCCUUUACCUGUUGAAGAAGCAGUACAAAAAAGGAAGUCCACACAUCCUACAAAGAAUGAAAAGAAUUUGAAGUUGGCUAGGGUUGCAAAUGAAGUUGAAGAUGAGGUAGUUCAGGUUUUGAGAACAAGGAGUUCUCCUCUUYAAUUAUGUUUGGCAAUUCAAAACUUUCAAAUAGAGYAGAGAAAGUMUGUUACAGCYAUGAGGCUUAAGUCAAUCCUACACUUUAGCAUAGAAUAUAUUCCAUCAAGAUUGGGCUUUUUCGUUGUCGACAAUUUUGAUGAUGAAAGGAUGGUCUUAAAGCUUUCAGUUGGGGAGCUGGAAAUUGCAAAAUAUAGCGUGCAGAAAAUGCUUGGUUUUCCAACUGGUCCUAUUCGUAUCACCCAAAAAAGAACAAAUAGCAAUGAUAAAGUGGUUAGAUGUUGGAGAAACCAAUUUCCUCAAACCAAAAAAGAAAUUCAUCCAUCUCUAGUUGCAGAACAUAUGACGCAACAAAUAGAUGGAGGAGAUAUGUUCAAGUUGAACUUUUUUGUACUCGUUGCUACCUGUUUGUGUGAGUCUAUGAAGGCAGGGACAGCUAAUCAAAGGCUUUUGCACUACAUUGCACACAAAGAAGAUAUACAUAACUUAGAUUGGUGUGAGUUUGUCAUCGAUUGCUUGAAGAGAAGCAAAAAGAAUUGGAAUAGGGCUGAUCCAACAUCGUAUUAUUGUGGGCCAUUGAUGUUCUUAACGUUACUCUAUGUGGAUGGAUUGUUAUGCAAAGAUUUGCAUGUUCAAAGAAGUUCUCCAGCUAUCAAGAUUUGGACUACAAAACUUCUAAAAGAAAGAGUCUUUGGAAAUGAAGUCAGGAAGUUUUGGCUAUGGUAUACUUCAAGAACCAUUUGAAGAAGAGGAAAACCAGAAUGAAGAAAAUGAAUAUGAGUAUAAAGAGGAAGAUGAAGAGGAAGAAGAAGACGAAGACAAAGAAGAAGACGUAGAAGGCACAAGAAAAGAGGUUAUAAUGGUCGCAUUGUUUGUAUCUGGAGUUCCAUUCAACAUUGCUUUUGUUGAUGGUAACUUUACAGCAUCUUUUCUUCAACGUUGAAGUAUGUAGCGUUUUGGAAUUUUCUUGAUCUCAUGAUGCCUUAACACAUAAAAAGCAUGACGACAUAAUAUUCCAUAAAGCUGAAAAUGAAGACAUGUGCAAGUUAUGAUA